GUCCGGUGGACGUCCGCGUUCCAGUUUGGCAGUGGGGGACUACCCCCCUCUCCCUGACGAGGACCGAAUGCCGCAUGGCUGCGCUGGCCUUGCAGGUGGAGCUGGGCUUCGCCGAGGAGGCGCCGGCGUGGCGGCUGCGUAGCGACCAGUUCCCCAGCAAGGUGGGCGGGCGGCCGGCGUGGCUGGGCGAGGUCGGGCUGCCGGGGCCCGGGGCCCUGGCCUGCGCACUAUGCGGCCGCCCGCUUGCUUUCCUGCUGCAGGUGUACGCGCCGCUUCCCGGUCGCACAGACGCCUUCCACCGCAGCCUCUUCCUCUUCUGCUGCCGGGAGCCGCCGUGCUGCGCCGGCCUGCGAGUUUUUAGGAAUCAGCUACCCAGGAAAAAUGACUUUUACUCCUAUGAGCCACCUUCUGAGAAUCCUCCUCCAGAAACAGGACCAUCUUUGUGUCUCCAGCUUAAGUCUGGUGCUCAUCUCUGCAGGGUUUGUGGCUGUUUAGGCCCCAAAACAUGCUCCCGAUGCCACAAGGUGCAUUACUGUGGUAAGGUGCAUCAAGCUCUGGACUGGAGAUUGGGACAUAAGCAGGCAUGUUCACAGCCAGAUCAUUUGGACCAUGGAAUUCCAGACCACAAUUUUCUUUUUCCAGAAUUUGAAAUUAUAAUAGAAACAGAGGAUGACAUUAUGCCUGAAGUUAUGGGAGAGGAAGAUGCUACAGAGAUUGUGGGGAGCAUGGGUGAAACACUUGAGGAAGAACUAGAUUCCAUGGCAAAACAUGAAUCCAGGGAAGAUAAAAUUUUCCAGAAGUUUAAAACUCACAUAGCCCUUGAUCCAGAACAGAUUCUCAGAUACGGCAGAGGUCUUGCCCCCAUUUGGAUUUCUGGUGAAAAUAUCCCUGAAGAAAAGGAUAUUCCAGAUUGCCCCUGUGGUGCCAAGAGAAUAUUUGAAUUCCAGGUCAUGCCUCAGCUGCUGAACUACUUGAAGGCGGAUAGGCUGGGCACAAGUGUGGACUGGGGUGUUCUGGCUGUCUUCACCUGUGCUGAGAGCUGUAGCUUGGGUACUGGCUAUACAGAGGAAUUUGUUUGGAAGCAAGAUGUAACAGACACACCUUAAACACAUCUUAAAGCUUUAAAAAAUGUUAAUGAUCUCUUACACCUUACAAUUCCACUUCUAGGACUUUAUCCUAAGUAAAUAACUGUACCAGAAGUAGAGGUACAGAGAUGUUGCUUGAGGCAUGAUUUACAGUGCCUAAAUAUUAAUGAAAAUGUCCAAAAUUAAAUAAACGUUUAAUUUAUUAAACGUCUGCAGUGGAAGGCUAUGCAGUUAAUGAUAUGUACCCAUGUAGACCCCAAAUAAGAUACAGAUCUAAAUUGAUACUAGAGGCAGUGUUCUGGGAGGCCAAGAUCGGUGGAUUGCUGGAGCUCAGGAGUUCAAGACCAGCCUGAGCAAGAGGGAGACUUCAUCUCUACUAAAAAUAGAAAAAUUAGGUGAGUGUUGUGAUAGGUCAGGAGGCAGAGGCAAGAGGAUUGCUUGAGCCUAGGAGUUUGAGGUUGCUGUGAGCUGGGCUGAUACCACAAGGGUCUGGCCCAGGGCCUGAGACUCUACCUAAAAAAAAAAAAAGAAAAAAAGGCACUAGAUACUACUGUAGGUGAUAAGGUAUGACCAUAUUUGUGUAAAGCUGUUUUUACAUACAUAUGAAUACAGUAAUAAAGCUGGAAAGAUACA